CGGGAACAGCGCAGGGAGGGCAGGGACGAGAGCCGGGCGGCAGAACAGCGAUUGUACCCCACCCCCACCCCAAAUCGCCUCUCUAAGCGAGAAAACUCCGCUGCAGGGGCAGUGCAGGGGGGAUGAGGUGCCCCCCUGUGCUGGAAGAGCUGCUGAGGAGGCUCCUGGGGCGGGAUUUUUGUACAGAAGUCCGCGCGAACCGCGGGGAAAGUUCUUCGGGAGUUUUCCAUGCCGCCCGGUUGCGCUUCUGAAAGCCACCAACUUUCUCGGGUUACGCCAGCGAGCUCGCCUCGGUCCUGUCCCAAAAAAGCGCUUUAGCAGGGUGGGAAGGGUCUCUGAAGGGGUGCAGGAGAGCCAGGCUGUGGCUCUGGGCUCGCAACACUCGGGCAGGGCUCUGCUGAGGCCGCGGGGUGUUUGUGCCAGCGGCCUCACCUUCGGCACCGCUGUCUCCUGAUACAACAUGCUGGAGGCAGGAGGGUUUAUGGGCGUUUAGUUGGAAUUCCCGAGAGCAGGACGGGAUGGUGUCUGUGAGGGGGGUAGGACUUGGUCAGCCACUCGAACAGCGGAGAGAAACAGCUCCGUAUGACCGAAGGAGAAAGUGAAACGAAACAGUGCAGAAGCCACAGCUCCAGGGGAAACAGAAAAUGGAAGAGAAUCCAAGAGAGGAUCUGUCUGGAGCUGAGCCAGCCCAAGGUGAGGUGGGAAGCACAGCAGAGCAUCCUGUGCACCAAGAGCCCACCCAGGAAACACUCGAGCAGCCAGUGACAAGCAGGUCUGAGACCUGCAAACCAGAGCAGGACUCUGCAGUGCAUGAACCAACUGCUGGUGGAGGAGAGACAACACUGCUGGGUUUAGCUGGCCCCACACUGGAGGAGAAGGCUCCCCAGGAAACUGAAAUAUUGCUGGAAGAACCUGGGAAGACAAGAGAUGGUGCCUCAGAGAGAUCCCGGGAAGAAAAGGACUUGGAUGAAGCUGGUCUGGCCCCUGGUAAAAUGGACAGCAAAGGAGACAGCCCUGUCCACCAGGAAACACGGGAGAACCAGGAGACAACCAGUCAGUGUGGAAGCUGCUACAAAGCAGAGGAAGAUGCUUUAUCAGCAAGCAAGUCACUGAGCUCUGACAGUAAAGUGACACAUUUGGAUGUGACUGCCACGGAAGAUGUCACUAAGGACCUCUUGGCAGAGAGGAGCACCAGUGCCUCUCUCCCAGUGCAGGAGCCAGAGGAGCACAUAGAGCAAGAAACACGGGAGAUCGGAUCCCAAGGCACAUUAAGGAAAAGACAUGGGACCAAAGGGCACACAGCCCCAAACCCAGAGGCUCAGUCCUGCCUGCAGAACGUCACCACCCAAAACACAGACCAGGAGAAGCCCAAGAAGUCCCUCGUGCUGAAAGGUGAGGAAAAGAAGCUUCCCUUGCAUGUUACUCACCGACCAGAAGGCACUGAUCCUCCAGGAACAAGGCUUGGCAUCAUGGGCCUCAUAUUGCUCGGCUUCUGCAUAUUCUGCUUCGGCAACCCGACCUCCAGUUCCCAGCAAACCCUCAAGAGCGCCACAGAGGCAUUCCUUUUCCAGUUCAACCAGCUGGAGAAGAGGUUUCCAGGGCAGAGCCCUUACCUUUGGAGUCGUGGGAGCAAGGUCCUGAAGAAGCACCUGAACUCAUCCCACCACACGCAGCCGGCCAUCAUCAUCCUGACGGCCGCCCGCACGGGCGAGCAGACCUUGCGAUGCCUCAGCACCCACGUGGCCGACUCCUACUCGGCUGCCCUGCAUGCCAGCACGGUGCAGAUCGAUGGCAGGGAUAAAUCCAGGCUCCAGAGUGACCGGGCCAAGCUGGAGGUGGACAAGGAGCUGAGCUCGGCGUUCGACGCCGGGGGCCGUGCCGCGGUGAUUCACCGCUUCGAGCUGCUGCCGGCGGGGGCCACCCUCAUCUUCUACAAGUACUGCGACCACGAGAGCGCGGCCUUCAAGGACGUGGCCCUGCUGCUGACGGUGCUGCUGGAGGAGGAGGUGCUGGAGACCCACAUCAGCCUCCCGCAGCUGGAAGAGAGGGUCCAUGACUUCCUCUGGGACAAGUUCAUCACCACCAGGACCCCUGGUUCCUACGACCACAUGGACUCCGACAAGCUGAGUGGGCUGUGGAGCCGCAUCGCCCACCUGGUCCUACCCAUCCACCCGGAGCAGAGCAUUGAGAAGGGGGGCUGCCAUGCCCACGCCAAACCCUAGGCACAAAGGCAGCCAGAGCCCUGGGGAGGGUUGGAAGGAGGGCCCUGGCUGGCUCUGGUGCAGGCAGAGGCACAACCAGUGUUAUUUCUCUUCAUGUUGUUUCUCGUGUCAUCCUGGGAAGAGUUUGACAGGUACAAGUUGAUCCAGGUCAUUUGGGCAGCUGAUGCUUGGAGGUGAUAGAUCACACACUUCCUUCUGGCAGGUGGGAAGAGUGAGUAUUUUAGACUGCUAGUUGCACAGGGGAACAUCAGCGUGUGGAGAGGCAGGAGGGAAAAACAGGACUUUGCAGGUAGUGUUUUCUAUCAGGAAAUACAUGAAUAAUGUACACCACAAUGGACAGAAAGAUACUGCAAUUCAGUAGCUCUUUCAUCUCUCCUUGCCCCUCAGCUUGCCAGUGUCAUAUACAUCAGUCUCACCAUACACUUAUCCAGAAGGUUCCUCUAUCUUUGCAGAGAGCUGCUGGAACACAGACAGGUCAAAUUCCCCAAAGCCCAACAUUUUGAAGGCAUGCUUCAAAAAGAAAACCAGUUUGCUAGUCAAGGGUUUGACCAGUCAGCCCCAACAGAGUCCCACUUGCACACCCUGACUGACACCUAGCAAAGCCCAGAUCCUGAAUAUAGGAUGUUCCAACCAUCCUGCAAUUCAGAGAUUCCCUAAACAUCAACCACAAGAAAUGUCAUGUUUUCAGCACUUAAACACUGCACUGACAGAGGGGAUCCCAUAUGCCAGAGAACAAGCUCCAAAACCAGAGAGCAAUGAAACAUUUUGCUGUUGCUCAGAUUGUGUGAAGCCUCAAGGGAUUACACAGGUAAAAGAAUAAGAAAUACAGUGCAACUUAAUGCUACCUCUUUUUUAAAAGAAGUCCACUUGAUCCCUUUGCCACACAAAGUUUGUGACUCUCUCCUUGGGCUGGUGCAUCAGCUUUGGUCCUACAGGACAGAUUGCUGUUCAGACAGAUCUCUGAUCUGUGUGCAGGGCUGGAAGCCUCUGCCAGCCUCUUCCCAGGUGACUUUUCUUAAUGAACGUAGAUGUUAAUGUUGAUAUUUCAAACCAUGUAACGUAGCACACCAGGUCCUUGCCCUCCAAGGUUACAUUUGCCUCCCUGCCAGGCAGAUGGAGCUCUGGAAUACGGUAAAGCAACUAGGAGGGGAGCUGGUAAAGAGAAAAUCUCUGCCAUUAACACUACAAAUUCUUAACAAAGCAGGUUGGUUUCUUACUGUGCCUCCUCUUCUGCAUAGAAGUCCUAGAGACACUGUGGGGCAGAGCAGUCAACUCAGGGAACACCUGGGGGAUAGGUGCUGGUUACAGCAUUUAUAAUAACCCAGCAGGCAGCCCCAGUGUCAGCCCCACGUGCCUGUGGAGCAGGAGCAGCUGUAGCAGAUCAUGGCUCGUUUCCAUAGUGCAGCAGAGACUGAGGCCUUGCAGAGCCAGGCUCUGUAUCUGAACGAGAACAAAUCGAGGACACGAUGGUGUUUCUCGGAAGCUGCACCUCUGAGUGCCCCUUACAGCAACUGGACCUUGGCCUCGGAUGGGUCUCCUGCCAACAGUGCCUUGCUGAUCUGCCCCACCAAAGGCUGGGCUGAGGCACAGCCCUGUGCCCUAAAACCACAGCCUGUCUCUUCUUUCCCCCUGCUGUGUGCCUUGACCUGUCUCAGGAGAUUUGUGGCCAUUAACUUGAAGGAGGGGACAAAACAAAGGAAAAGGGAGGGUUAUUUGUUCUGACCAAAGAACAGACUUUUUGGUUGGGUGGAGACAUGAAGACAAGACCAUGGGGGUUUUAACCGUGACAAACACUGGGCUAGAUGUGAGAGCUGCCUGCUGGAGCCCAACAUCAGCAGGGCAGCCCAGGGCAUGGUUUUGUACAGCACACAGGUUGCUUCCUCCCCUCCCUCCUUUCUAUUGCUAUACACUACUUUGGUAACAGAAAACACUGUAUCCUGCUCUGCACGGUUCAGUGUGGGUGUUGAUGUAAGAACCAGCAAAGCAUUAAUCAUGGUCUGCCGAUAUUUUGAUGGAAAUCUCUAUUUUAACAUUAUCUCAGUUUCACCUACUGUGUUUGCAAUGCCUAGCCAAGGUAGGCAAAGGCAGCUCCACACUGCCUGGGCACAUCACCAUGUCACCCACCUGAGCUCUUCCAAUACAGAAAUAUUUUUAUGACCUUUGAAAGACAGAAUAUCUACUUGCUUCUGAAACAGGACUUCUAUUUAAAAAUAAAUGAUGAGAUUGUGAAAGAAACCA